CUUGUGGAUCCCAAAUUGGGAGUUCCCUUACUGCUAACAAUUAUGUUUUACAGUAAUAUAUUCACAAGAAAGGAUGUCAUGAGCCAUGAUAUGCUGCUAAAAAUUUUUGAAAUGUUGCCGUCACUUGCUUCACACUCUACAAUGAUUCCACUUGUUGUUCAGACUAUCUUGCCUAUGCUUAACAAAGAUGGUGAAGGUUUGUUGUGUGCUACGGCAACUCGAUUGCUGUGUAGAACCUGGGAAGUCAAUGAUCGAGCUUUUGGGAGUUUGCAAGGGGUGUUGCUUGCUAAAGGGUUUACUGAUUUUGUGUCAGAUAGAAUUGUAUGCAUCAGCCGAGCUGCGUCCAUUCGAGAUGUUUGCCAGAAAAACCCUGAUAGGGGUGUUGACCUUAUCUUGUCUGUUUCGUCUUGCAUUGAGAGCCCAGAUCUGCUAAUUAAAUCUAUUGGCUUGCAAAGCCUUGCCCACCUUUGUGAGGCUGAUAUAAUUGAUUUUUACACUGCUUGGAUUGUCAUUGAAAAGCAUGUGAAAGAUUACCUUGCGGAUCCAGUUCUGGCACAAAGCAUUUGCCAUUUACUAAGAUGGGGUGCGAUGGACGCUGAAGCAUAUUCAGAAGAGGCAAAAGGUGUGCUGCAACUUCUAUGGAGCAUUGUUAGCUAUAGUCAUGCUGGCAGCGAGAUACAAUGGGAAAAACCAAGAAUCUCAGCCCUACAAGCACUUACACAGUAUGAGGUGUCAUAUCUUGAACAGAGUAUACCAGAUUUUAAAAAGAGGAACUUGGAGUUGCUAUUUUCUGAGACAAGUCCCAGUAUACUCAGGGUUAUGGAAGACAUUCAAGUCAAAAUUAUAACAUAUGAACACAUAAAUCGGCGAAGAUCAAUCAAGGAGAAAAGAGUUACAGGAAGUAAGAUUGAAAAAUUGAUGGAUGUAUUUCCUCAGGUUAUAUUUUCUUCAGGGAAGAUAACUGAAGCUAAGGAUUUGCCUGGUGCUGCCUUAAUAUGUCUGUCUUUCACUCCUAAAAAAGUGAAUGAACAGCAGAGACAGAAAGGAAGAGAUGCACUUUCUGAGUAUGUAAAUGCACUUGUAGAAAUGGCUGGUUCACUUCAGCUGUCAAGAAAUAUUUUGGUUGCACUUAUGGCACUGCAAUCAUGGAAAUGCUUCAUGCGACAUUGGAUGAGGGCUCACAUUUUUUCCCAUAAUGCUAAAGCACAGUCUGCUGUACUAGAUAAAACUUCUAAAGCUGCUAGUACUAUGUUAAAGAGUAUGAUAGCCAUAGGAAAUGAAGCUAUUCCUAGAUGUGCUGAAAACAUUGCAUUGGCUGUUGGUGCUCUCUGUGUGGUGUUGCCUCCUUCUGAUCAUACUGUAAAAUCUGCUGCAUCAAAGUUUCUUUUGGAGUGGUUGCUCCAGCAGGAACACGAACACCGCCAAUGGUCUGCUGCAAUUUCCCUCGGAUUGAUCUCAAGUUGCCUCCAUGCAACUGAUCAUAAACAGAGAUAUCAUAACAUCACAGGGCUUCUUGAGGUUCUACUUGUUAGCAAAAGUUCCCUUGUAAAAGGAGCAUGUGGGGUUGGUUUGGGUUUGUCAUGCCAAGAUCUUCUUACCAGAACUGGAGCUGGUAACAAAUCUGGUGUGGAGAAUGACGUGGACAGGGUUCCAGAGUUUGAUUUACUAGGAAGAAUAGUUAGGGCCUUAUCUGCAAUGAUUUGUCAGAUCACGCGAGCUUCUUCUGAUGUUCUGGACAGUCUAUGUUCUUGCUUCCCAUCUGUAGAAUUUUUUUUUAAUACUGAAGCAAUUGAACUUCCAUCUGAUAACUGUAAAGACUUGGAAGAAGAUAUCUGGGGGGUUGCUGGACUUGUUCUUGGUUUGGCUUUCACCAUUAGUGCUGUAUACAGAGCUGGAGACCUAGACUCUGUUCUCAAAAUGAAAAGCUUGAUAAUAUCAUGGAUUCCACGUGUAAACUCACAACUUCAAAGCACUAAUUUCCAGAAUGAAGAAUCCAAGGUUGCUUUAUCAGUAGGAUCCUGUAUUUCAAUUCCCAUAAUAGUUUCAUUUUGCUGGAGAAUGGAAUUGAUGGAUGAGACUGAGUUGGACCACAUAGAGAGUGGCUUUAAAGAGUUAAUUUCUGAAUUAAUUGCUGUGAAAAAAUCUGGCAUGUUGCACCAGAGUUUUCUGAUGGCAUCUUGCUUCGGAGCAGGGACAGUUCUUUCAUGGAUACUGAAUGAGGGGUUUCAUUCUACUGAGGUUGACUAUGUUAAAAGUUUCUUGGAGCUGUUUAGAAGAUGUUACUCUGAUCCUUACCCUUCUCUUGUGAAUUUGGGUGGUAUGCUUGGAGUGGUUAAUGCUAUGGGAGUCGGUGCGGGGAUUUUAGAUAUGCAAGCUGAUUAUCAGAAGAAGCAGGAACCUCCUUCCACGGGCCUGCUGCAUAAAGGCUCCAUCUAUGAAGCAUAUUUGACAUCAUUGGUGCAAGAGAUGUUUCUUCUGGCACAAAAUUCUGAUGAUAAUCAGCGGCAACAGUUUGCUUCCUGGGCUCUCUCUUUUCUCCGGCAUCAUUUGCUAUCCAAGGAACUAUUGGAUGUCGAUGGUCAUCAAAAAGCCUCCGUUGCUCAAAGUUUUUCUGAGGACAAUGUGGUUUUGCAACUUAGUUUGUGGCUUACAGAUUUAAAAAAUGAGGUUCAGGCAGCUACUAUUGUACAUGUUAGCACAGUUGUUACUGUAUUGAGGUGCCUUUCAAAAGCUCCCAGAUUGCCAAGCUUUGAUUGGGGAGCAAUUAUCAGGCGUUGUAUGAGAUAUGAAGCCCAGGUGUCUGAGUUUUUGCCAGCAGAUUCUUCUUAUGAGCAAGGAACUUUAAGAGAGGAAUGUGUGCAGUUCGCACUAGCGCAUGCCAAUCAAUUUGAUUCACUUUUAACUUUUCUUGAUGAGCUAUCUGAGUUUUCCAGGUUCAGGACACUUGAACUACAUCUGCAAUCACAUCUGCUAAUUCAUCUAGCCGACCUUGUGAAAGUAUAUUCAAGCUCCAGGCUUGAGAAACUAUUCAGUGAUGUGUCUAAUUAUUUGUUUUCUGCUACUUCAUACCCAGACUCUGAUACCUAUCAAAAGAGCUUGCUACGCACCUCGUGCUGGAAAGGUCUUCAUCAAUGUCUAGAUGAGGUCUCUUUCGAUGCUCUUGACAUAACUCUAGUUCAGAGGUGCAUGGAAGUGUUAUUUUCAUUGUUGCCAGUGUUACAAUCCUCUGGAAGCAUGGUGUCAAAGCAUGAAAAUUCCGUAGAGGAGUGGUCUGAGGCUGUGAGAUGCCUAGGGAAAGCGCCACAGAAUUGGUUGUUUGAUUUCCUCAAGGUUUCACACGAGAGUUUUGUACAAGAUGUUGACAAGUCUAUUGAGGUCUGCAAAAAGAUUUGUGCUAAGGCAAAGCUAGUGAAGAAUGGUUCUCUGCCAUUUCUUGAGCUAGGAAAGAUGAAAUCUUACAUAUUGAAUUCCAAAUUACAAGGUCUGUGGGAUGUGCUCGUUGAAGUUGUGGCAGCUCUGCACCACGCAGAAGGGAGUGUCAAAAGGCAGUGGCUUGUUGAUGCUGUUGAAAUUAGCUGUGUGUCCCCUUAUCCCUCCACGGUUCUGCAGUUUAUUGGUCUGCUAUCAGCUACCUGUUGCAAAUACAUGCCUGUUAUGAUUGUGGAUGAACAAACAGUUGUGAAUGAUAUUCCAGUCACCCUUACGUCUCUUUUAGCAGACCAAAGUUGGGAUGUUGUUGCAGAAUCUGUUGUUUCCCAUCUCUGUUCAUCAACAGAACGUAUAUUCUACUGGGCUGCACAGAUAGCAGAUGGCACUUACGUGCCUGGUGCCCAGCCCAUUGAUGAAAGUGAGGAUCAUAUGGCUAAAUUGUUAUUGCAAGUAACGCAUCAUACAUGCGUGUUAUUAAAAGGCUACUUGCCAUUAGAUAAGCAGCUUAAGCUUGCCAGUUUUGUUGUUGCUUAAUAUAUGAUGAACUAUUACAGAAGUUCCAGGAUAUUGUUGAAGCAAAAGCCAGAAUUAUGUCCUCUCAUAAAUCCUUCAUUUAGAGGAAUACAAGUUUCAUGCUACAUAUAUCAGAUGACGUUCUGGGAAAUUUUCAUGUGUUCUAUCAUGGAAUUUUGUAAAACCCAUGCGUUGUUUGCUUCGACCAUGAAGAAACUGUGGUCUUCAUUUCGCAUUUGCGAAUAUCCUGCCAAUCUCUGAAUUAUGUGGUGAAAUAUAGCGUUGUGAAAAAGUCAGCCAUGACAGAAGUUAGGUGGGUAAGCAUGUGUCGUUUUAUUGUAUUCUUAUACAAGUCUGUUAUACUGAAUUACUGCAAUCUUUGGUACAGUACUUGUAGAUAUUUUGCAUGUUGUAAAAUCAUUUAGCCAAUAUUCAUGUACAUUAUACAAACUCUAGCUCUAACGCAGCAGCGGAUUUUACAUCAUUGACACCUAGGUAUUUUAUAUGGAUAUUUUCCUUCUCGGUCUGUUUAUCAGUUGUAUCUGAUGUAACCUGCAUUGUUUGGGAGAGGGAGAAGGAAAAGAGUGGGUAAGAACACAUGUAACUUUUAAUUUUCUAACACACAAUGAAAUUUGGCAUUUUGUUUUCGUCUUA